AAUUGUUUUCAUUCAUCGGUUCCUGUUUGCGUGCGUCACCUGGGCACCUGAAUGAGCGCACCUGCGCGCGAAGCUAGAUAACUCAUAAAGAUCCUGAUCCUCAUUUAGGAUCUCGUUGUGGUGACAGAAAGAGGACCUAAAUUUCUUUUUCUACAACUAACUAAACUCGAGUUUAUUAUGCUUUAAAUUGAUACAUAAGAAUUAAAAUAGGAAUCAUAGCUACAUAUGUUUAUUAACAUCCAAUCUUGUUAAUCUUAAAUCUUUGACAGUUUCUUUUUCAUUUUGUACAACUAAAUACACCAAUCGCGAUUCGAACCUUCAAAUCGCGCCAUCCACGCCUAGAGACCUCGUAAUUCGUUCAGCUUUACAAAAGUUCAUCAGCACCCCUCCUUCCUUAGCACCCUUUUGCUCCCCCUCAUCAAGAAACUCCCUUUUUCUCGCGAAGCUCCUUGAAACUCAUAAAAUCCAUCUAACAAUACCAACUGCUCCGCAGAAUGCAGCGGCAUGCGUCGUAGCGGCGCGCGUCCAGCGAGAUGCUGAAGGAAGUCGGCUGCGGGAGUACUACACCCCCGCCUGGAGAGGGCGGCGGGGCGAACAAUCGACAAGUCGGUGCGAACGAAGGCGGCGGCGGUGGCGGUGGCAACGGUAGCGGCAGCGGUGGCGGCGGUGCCGGCAAUGGCGGCGGGGGUGGCGGGGGUGGUAUCAGCGAGGGUGCCCUCGGCUGCGGCGGCUGCGGAAGAGAGAUCGCCGAGCGCUGGUACCUGAGCGUGGCUGGUCGCGCAUGGCAUUGCGGCUGUCUGCAAUGCUGUCACUGCCGAAUCCCCCUGGCCGCCCAGCUCUCCUGCUUUGCCAGAGACGGCAACAUCUACUGCAAGGAGGAUUACUACAGACUAUUCGCGGUGUGUUCGCGAUGUCGCACCGGUAUCUCGGCCUCGGAGCUGGUGAUGCGUGCGCGCGACCUGGUGUAUCAUGUGGCGUGUUUUACUUGCGCCUCCUGCGGCACUCCGUUGAAUAAGGGCGACCAAUUCGGCCAACGAGACGGACUGGUGUAUUGUAGACCGCACUACGAGUUGCUGUGCUGUGCCGGGGAUUACGGGAGUGGCACCGGCAUCGAGGACCUCAGCUCGCCGGGGGUGUCACCAUUGCCUGCCUACUACGAGCAGAGUCCGAUCGCCUUGUCCGGCACCGUGCAGAAGGGUCGGCCCAGGAAGCGGAAGCUGUCGGAGGUCACCGGCUCCGAGCUCCCCGUUACGAUGAGGCUGGCCGCUGAACUAAGUCUGCAUCCCACGGAGCUAUCCUCAUCGAUGGAGUCACUGGCAUACGACGCGUCCGUGAGCUCCCCGGCGCCGAUGCACCAGAACCAGCGGACAAAGCGAAUGCGCACCAGCUUCAAGCACCAUCAGUUGCGUACCAUGAAGGGUUACUUCCAAGUAAAUCAGAACCCGGACGCUAAGGACCUCAAGCACCUCGCGCAGAAGACCAAUCUAUCGAAAAGAGUGCUGCAGGUGUGGUUUCAAAACGCACGCGCGAAAUGGCGACGGCAGCUGAUGCGGCAGGACGGCAGCAAUACCGGCAGCAACGUCGGCUGUUCUGGGACGCCGACGGUGUCUUCCAGCACUGGCAAUUCGCCGAAUAUCGGACCGACCGCCAGCAUCCUCGAUAGCAACAGCAUGCCCUCAACCUCCAUGGAGGAACUGCACGCCCUGCAGCAUCUGCACUCCGGGGUGUCCUCUCAGGUCUCCUUCUCUGACCUGUCCUACUGACGACGGCUUGAGAUGGAGGAGGACACUUACAGCAGCCUCCCCAGCCAUCUUGGAUGAUAAAUUAUUUUAUGCUUCCUUGAGAAUCGAUCUUAAAAAUCUCGGCUCGUCAAUAGACGUGCCCAUCGUUUCUCGAAGAAGUCUCUCAUUGCUAACGCUGGCAUUUAAGAUGAUCGCUGAUGGCGAUAUGACGAAAGUGAUGACAGCGGUUCAAGCUUGACUUGUGUUCCGGAACAUCCAGAGUGAUUUUCACCGCGACAGUUAGAUUUAAAAACAAUUGCUUUAAUUUUGUGGCAAAGCCAACGUAGUCUAAGGGCGAGUGCCCACCAAGUGCGAGAUACAUUCUUCGAUCGCGUUGAUUGGAUUAAUCGAAGAUUCGAUUUUUCGGCGAGAUUUUCGACCUGGCAUCGUUUCUUAUGAGCGAGAUGAGACAUCCGAAAAUGUGACUUUGAAAAUGUGUUGGCGGAUUUUAUGAAGGAAGUCAUCCAUCGAAGGAUUUUCCCGAAAGGGCAGCCUAGUCAGAUAGAGUAACUAGUGGGUAACUCCAAGAACGAUUAUGCUUAAGUAAUCAGUGAUAAUAAUCAUAGUUCCAUGCACAUCCGAAUUACCAAAGAUUACUAGACGAAGAUAGUAAGAACGUAAUCUAGGUAUGUAUGUGAAAGGAGGGUGUACCAUUAGCGAUUAUAUCAAUUAUCAAUUAUCGAUGAGACCUCGGGCACUGUUUGACAAAUGGAGUGUUCCAGAAAGAUGUACACUAAUGCACAGGUUCCUAAUGAAACUUGAAAGAUUUCUCUUUUUAAUAAAUAUUUAAUGUAAGCACUCUGCUUACUACAAAAAUGUUUAACACCAAUGUACUCUAUUUA